CCAAAACAAAAGGAGCAGGAAGCACUGCUCCUUUGAACUUGGGUACGUGAUUUGUGGGAAAGAAGAAGGGUUAGGGUUUUCUUAUUUUGAUUUCGCAUUUAGUUGUCUCAUUCAAGAGAAGAAGCAGCAAAAUGUUCAACGCUGAUACUUCAUUGCCUAAUGCCUCUACCAUCACCACUGAACAGAUUCAAAAGUACUUGGAGGAGAAUAAGGAACUGAUCUUGGCAAUAUUGGAAUAUCAAAAUCUGGGAAAGAUCAAUGAGAUUGCGCAAUGUCAAGCCAAGCUUCAGCAUAACUUGACUUUUCUGGCCAAACUUGCCGAUGUCGCCACACAAGCACAGACACCUUCUCAGGUCUCAUCCCAGCCUACUAUGCAACAGGGGCAAAGCAUGCAGCAACAUCAUGUUGCAAUAUCUCAGCCACAACCAGAUGUAUCAACCUUGAACCCUCCCUUUGAGAUGAAUGAUCAGCAGCAGCAUUUGGCAAUGUCUCUACAUCAACCGGAUAUUUCUGCUUCAAAGUUGCCUCUGCAGAUGAAUGAGCAACACUAUAAGCUGCCACACUUCCUCUACCAACAACAACAACUUAUCCCUGGACCAAUGGGAAGUUUUCCUGGUACUACCAGUGGCCUAUAUCAGGCAUCUCAAACCAGACUUGGUAAUCUGUCAGAUACACCUUCAAGCAAUCAAACUGGUUCAGAUUCUGGUCAUGGCUGGUCUUAG